CACCCCCGGCCCUUAAUUACCCUUCGGUCCAUUUAUUCGACCAUCAAUCAGUCGCUUGCUACGUCGCUUUCCUGAUUAAUUGCGAAUGCAUGACACAUUGAUUGUGAGUUUGUGCCCAAAAGAUAAAAAUACGCUCUGCCCAUACACUCCUGCCUGCAUAUGGCCUCUGACUGAUCGUUGAUCGAGUGCUUGCUAUGGCUCAACAAGCAAAGGAGGUAAACACAAACAGAAGUAGGUGUGGAAGUAGCAUCAGCAUGCGAAUGGAAGGAGAUAGAAAUGGUGCCUUGGCGAUGCUUUCGAUAUCCUCCUCCUCGGCAAGAUAUGGAAAUGAUCACCAAGAGCUUGCUUCUGCUGCUGCUGCUUUCAGAGAGUCGGCAGGUGAUCCGAGGAAACUGUCGUCGGGAAUGAGUAGCAGGCUGUUGCCAGCACGGAGCAUGAGGUCUACCGGCGCUGGGGACGAUGGCGAGGUGGCGGCGGCGCCGGUGGCUGGCGCUCGGUCGCUGUCCUUCUCCAAGCUCUUCAGCUUCAGAAUUGCAAAUGCUGCGCGUUGUUCGUCGUCGCUGGAUUUUGAUCAUCCGCUACCUUCAGAUGCAGCAAGCAGUGAUCACAUUUCUGCAAACGAUGAGACGACGGCGACGAAGACGAAGACGAAGACGAAGGCGAAGCACGCGAGUGACCACAUGAACAUCAGCCGCUCACAGUCCGUGCCAAUGAGCACCCUGUCGAGAUUCAGCUCCAAGGGGGGAGGAGGCUCCAAGAGAGUGGCGGACUCGAGCUCCCUUCGUAUUCACGACGGUGGCAGCGUGCGGUUCAGGGUGUCGGUGAUAGGCGCCUCUCCUCCCGACGGCAAUGCGGACGCCGCCGCCGCCGCCGGAGAAGAGGAGGACGACGCCGGCAGCGUGGAGGCGGAGGAGGAGGCGCUGGUUUGCCGGAUAUGCAUGGUGGCGCUGUCGGAGGACGGCGCCAGCGGCGGCGGCGGCGGCACGCUGAAGCUGGAGUGCCGGUGCAAGGGGGAGCUCGCGCUGGCGCACGGCGACUGCGCCGUCAAGUGGUUCAGCAUCAAGGGCAACGCGACGUGCGACGUCUGCAACCACGAGGUGCUCAACCUCCCCGUCACGCUGCGCCGCGUCCACGACCGCCAGCAGCUGGUCUAUGAGGCAGCCGCGGCGGCGGCGGCCGCCGCCGCCGCAGCGGCCGGUGACGACAUCGCCGGCGGCAACCGGCGAGGAGGGUACAGCUACGGGCGCGUGUGGCGCGGCACGACCAUCCUCGUCAUCGUCAGCAUGCUGGCCUACUUCUGCUUCCUGGAGCAGCUGCUCGUCGGCGACCACGGCACGGCGGCGCUGGCCAUCUCGCUGCCGUUCGCCUGCGUGCUCGGCCUCUUCUCCUCCCUCACCACCGCCAAGAUGGUGUCCAGGAAGUAUGUGUGGAUCUACUCAGCUGUGCAAUAUCUCUUCAUCGUGCUUUUCACCCACCUCUUCUACAGAUAUGUGCGAUUGCAAGCGGUGAUUGCCAUCAUCCUGUCCACCUUCGCGGGCUUUGGCGUGGCCAUCUGCGCCAACGCCAUCCUCCUCCAGAUCAUCAGAUGGAGGGCCAGGCGGGCAUCCAUGUCAGCAGCACAGGAAGAAGAGGAAGCUCGCCGUGCUCCCACACAGGCGGACCUCGAGAACGCUCUACCUCCACCCUAGUCCAGCUUGGCAGAGCCCAGUCACCCCCACCUCCCUUUGGUUUGGUUUGUACAUAUAUGGUAACAUACAAUUUAAUACACAUAGUAGCAUGCGUGUAUAUUACUUGUUACCAUAUAGUACCCCCUCCAGUCAAGUGUAUUUGACAUUGGGAGUAUAUAUAUAUAAUACUCCCAACGUCAAAUGUGUACGUGACCGGAAGAAGUAAAAUAGGUAGCUUGUUUGUCUAAAUAUAUGCCUGGCCAGUUUUGUUAAUAUUAGAAUUGUUUGUUUUUGUCUUUGCGAAAUCAGGAGUUAUGUUUUAUUAAUGAGUAGUUGGAGUACAGUCCUUUCUAA